UGGGGUGACUUUCCAUGAGUUCGGUGUAGCGCGGCACUGGGCGCCAUGUGUGAAUUGGGGCAUGCGGUGGAGCCUAGGUGGCCUGGUGGUUCUUCUUGGAGGUCGAGAGGCCCUGGCUAAGGUCACGGUAAAGCCGGGAAGGUACUUCCUGGUGAACCGAGAUUUUGGGACUUUCCUCCGAGAUGAAGGUUUAGGACUUCGUGACGAUGAUGCCUUGUGGAGUAUAGAGCCCCAGGACGGUGGCUUUCGUGUCAAGAAUCUGAAGACACAGAGACCACUAGGCCACGGCUUCAUAGAGACAUGGCAGAUCCAUCAAGUUUGUCGCGGAAGCAGCAUAGCUUUGGUGGCCAGCAAUGGUGAGGUGCUAGCAGUGCAAAAUGCCUCUGGUGCCCACCUUGUUGCGGCGGAGAAGGCAGGCCGUGGUGCACAGUGGCUGCUUGUGCCACCGUGUCUGGGCGAGGACCCCCAGGAAGUGGAAAGCCUUGGAUGGGGCGAGUGCUUCCCAAAGGACUCCGGAUGGGGCAGCAUGGCAGAGGAUUGCUGCAACAGCGUGCUGCAUGGGCCUGGAGGAAAUCCGACCUGCUGGGAUGGCCACUACACCUUUCAACGUUGCUGCCCUAACGAGGCGCAGAAGGCGGUGCCCCUGUCCGGUGCGGAAGCACUGAAUGCCGCACCAAGGCUGCUUUGCAGCGGGGAGCGCCUCCGCGGGGGCACUCGCUUUGUGAGGCAAGCAAGUUUCGAUGGCGAGCGGAUGUGGCAUCCCUCCCAGUCAUUUGACACAACCUUUGACUUCGCCGACCAGGCGGAGUCGGGGAAGUUGGUGCAAGUGGCCACUGGCUUGCCUCGCUGUGGCGGCCCUGAUAUUUUCGAGGAAGCUGGAUCUAUUCUUGAGGUCAUUGAGUCCAACGCGUGCGGUGGAAAGCUCCAGCUUGGGGAGGGAACGAAAUCCUCAGAGCAACACCACAUGAGCAUCCUCAAAGACUUGCACGAGGCGAUGAUGAAACUGUCAGCGCGCCCGACGAGAGGUGGCGUGCCAUCGGUGACCUACCUGCCCUUCUUCCCCUACCUCUUGAUGGCGCUUCACCGCCGCACUGGGAGGAUCGAGUUUUUGAACUGCAUCGCUCAAACUGCUGCAGUGUUGG